AUGACUUGGCUAGAAACGAUCGCUAGCAACGUUCUUCGUAAUAUCGUGUUUCAAGAUAUACCAUCGAACACAGUUCAAGAAGUUGAGCCGAAAAAUUACAGUAAUCGACAUAUUGAAUGUCGCGAGGAUGGCAUCGUACUUUAUGGCCCAGCAGAAAAAAAUAAAAAGAAGUUUGAAGUUGUGCUUCACAGGCCUUGUACAGAAACAUUGCAUCAGGCGUAUAGUUUGUAUAGAUCAGAAGAUAGAGCAGAUGCUGAAACACAUUUUAUUGUGUACAAAGACAAGGUUCCGGUACUUGUUCAAAUUUGCCGCGAGAUGUGUAGCGUGGGUAAGAUACAAAAAUUAUGCGAUACUUUAAUGGAACAUCCAACAUGGACGCUGGCACAUUUGGCAGCUCAUUUUGCUCUUUACAAUGCUUUUGCCCAUUCUGAUGUAAAUAGUCAGUUAAACAGCGGAGAUAUAGAAACAGGUGUAUCACCUUUGCAAGUUGCGGUACAAACAAAUAACUUACGCACAGUACAAAUGUUGAUAGAAGCUAAAAGUUCGUUGGAGCAUCUGGAUUAUGAAGCCAAUACUGUCUAUCAUUAUGCAGCCAACUCUACUAAAGAAAUAAUUUUAGCCCUUGGAGGUGACCUUCCAAAUAGUCUAAAUAGUCGUAAUAAUAACGGGCAUACACCAAUACACGUCGCUUGUUUGAAUAAUAAGCCCGAGUGCGUCACAGCUCUUCUUUUAAUCGGAGCGGAUGUGAACAUUCCAGCUUCUGAGGGGCAACCUAGUAGCCCUAGUUACGUAGGCGAUCUUCUUCACAGUAAACAAAAUGCACUCCACGCGGAGGAUAUGAAAUUUGGUGGUACGCCGUUGCAUUGGUCACUGAGCAGAGAGGUGAUUAAUGCUCUAAUAGACAGUAAUUGUGAUAUAGAUGCUGUAAACUUUGAUGGUCGUACAGCGUUGCACAUUAUGGCAUUGAGAAAACGAUUGCCGUGCGUAGCGGCAUUAUUAAGUCACAUGUGUUCUGUAAAUAUCGAAGACAAGGAUGGCAAUACUCCAUUGCAUUUGGCAGUUUCCAGUGGCACAGCUGCCAUAGUACAAAUACUGAUAGGUUUUGGCGCGGAUGUUGAUGCCAGGAAUUGGAAGUCAGAAACGCCACGGCAUUGCGUGAAUGUCGAUAGCAACGAGGGCCAGAAAAUUCUGUAUGUUCUAGAUUCGGUGGGCGCUCAACGUUGUCCACGGGUAAUGUUAAAUUGCCACAUAGGCUGCAAGUUUAACGAAACAUAUAAUGGUAUCGCACCGCAGCAACCACCGACGGCUGUACCUCGUACGGUAUUGGAUCAAAUGCUGCACGUUUCUGGGAUGGAUAAGAUGGCUAUGCAAGAAAACCAGAAAAUAAAAGGCGGUCGACUUCUUUGCCUGGAUGGAGGAGGGAUUCGUGGUUUGGUUCUUAUACAGAUGUUAUUGGAGAUUGAGUCGAUCUUGGAGAAACCUAUCGUAGAGUGCUUCGACUGGAUUGCAGGCACAUCUACAGGUGGAAUUUUAGCUCUUGGCCUAGCGGCUGGCAAAUCUCUGCGAGAAUGUCAGGGGCUGUACUUCCUCAUUAAAGAGGAAGCUUUUAUCGGUACACGUCCAUAUAGCAACGAAGGCUUGGAAAAAGUAUUGAAAGAUUGUCUAGGUGCUAAUACGGUUAUGUCGGAUAUUAAAAAACCCAAAAUAAUGAUUACCGCUGUAUUAGCCGAUAAAAAGCCUGUCGAUCUUUACUUGUUUCGUAAUUACGACGCACCUAGUGUAUUACUCGAACUUCCAGAGAGCUCUGUCUCCUUGCCGCCGAGCAAACAAUUGCUUUGGCAUGCGGCAAGAGCAACUGGGGCAGCUCCGUCUUAUUUCCGAGCGUUCGGCAAAUUUCUCGACGGUGGAUUGAUAGCAAAUAACCCGACUUUGGAUGCAAUGACUGAAAUUCACGAAUAUAAUCUUGCUUUGAAAGCUAUUGGACGCGAGCAGGAAGUGAUUCCCUUGUCUUUGGUCGUUUCUCUUGGCACUGGCUUGAUACCUACUAGUCCAUUGAAAGAAAUCGAUGUAUUUCGGCCAGAAAGUUUAUGGGACACUGCAAAGUUAGCGAUGGGAAUGUCGGUCCUCGCGGUAUUAUUGGUGGAUCAAGCAACAGCAAGCGACGGAAGGGUUAUCGAUCGUGCCAGAAAUUGGUGUUCCAUGAUCGGAGUGCCUUACUAUAGAUUCAAUCCGCAACUAUCGCAGGACAUCGCUAUGGAUGAGAAAAGUGACGAAGUAUUGGCUGAAAUGAUAUGGACUACUAAAGCGUUCAUGCGUGCCAAUAGGGACCAAAUAAACGAAUUAGCUGCUGUGAUAAACCGUGAUAUUUAUAACGACUUCUAAGUUGGUGCAGCGUGAGAGUAAUAUGUAUGAGAGUUGCUGAUUUCUUUGUGAACAUGUGAGGUAUGAUUGAACUGCAUCUAUUCAAAAGUAUAAAUCUUCCUUAUUCUU